AAUCAGGUCAAGGGCGAGCCUGACUGAAAUUGGUUCAUUGUAAUAUGUCCAGGUCUAAGGGCAGCAGGAACCAAGCAAGGCACAAGCGCCAGGGAGAGAAAGGUGCGUAGGUAACUGGCCAUAUUCGCCAGCCGACAACAGCUGGCUGCCAGUUCCCCCUCAUACCUCUCAUUAACAAUCUCCAAGCAACCCGGGUUUCCUUACACUCAGGGAGGGUAUUUGUCACUUAAGUUCUGCCAAAUCGACCCUCAAAGACGACUUCCCUUCAUCUUCGUCUGUAAACGGCCUUCUCGGAUCGCUGGUUACCUGCUAGAGCUUGUGUAACAUGCCUUGUCUUGAGGGAAUUGAAGUUGCAAUCGUCACUCAGCCCGAACUGGCUAAGCUCCCUGAGUUUCGUCUCUCGGAUUCCUCCUCUCAGGGUGUUCUGCCGCCUGCUGAUCAACUGUCUUGCUUAAGUCUUGCCGCCUCGAGCCGACUUCGUUCAUUGCCACGCCAGCUUCGGAAGACCAGUCCUCGGAUUUCUGUCUACAUCCCCUCAGACCCAGGAUCACGUUUUGGAAUCCACUAUGCACUCAACGAAACGUCACUACUGCCACGCUACUUGUAUUUCAAAAUUUUCAUGAAUGGCAGAAACAUUACAAACUGUGGCGUGAGGAUUCUCAAUGGAGCUUCAGGUUCCAUCACACGCUCCCUCUGUGAGCCAAGCGAGCGCUGGAAAUACAAGGAAGAUGGCGUGUUACGCAUCAGGGACGGGAUAGAGGCACGUUGCUUCUCCUUUCUUCCACAUGCGCAUCAAUCAGUUGCAGAAGAUGGCGGCUUGAUAGAGGUCCAAGUCUUUCGGGCCAAGGGCCGAAUUCGAAGAUUGCCCAUACUAGAAGGCCACCGUGGUCAGGAGUCAUACGGGAUUGGGUCGCCGUCAGGUGGUCUCCUCGAUUCACCAGAUGAGACCUGUUUCUACGAUUGGAUCCUAGUCGACUCAAAAGAGUCACCUUUCGUCUCUUUCCGUUUUCUCUAUAGAUCGUUACUAAACCUGCGCCAACUGAGCCUCGCACCGGAUCCUGAGUUGGGCGACAGUUCAGUCGACAUGGAAGAGGACAUGGCUGAGCACGCAAGCGAAGGGUUUUGUUCCAUAAAACCACUUCGUAUUGGUAAUCUUUGUACAGAGAGUCCUAGUAGCUCAGUAUUGGAUGAUGCUCUGUCGGUCCAGCAGGAGCCCCGUUCGUCAACACGUCCCAGGCGGUUGACCGAAGCAGCCCCUAUAAUUGCAGCACCAAAAGCCUCAGCUCGUCCUCUCCCUGAGGUUCCGAUCAAGAAGCCUGCAGACCAUGGAGACAUUGAAAAGCAGGUCCAGGCGCAUGAAUACACUUCUCUAUCCGAUAUCCAAGAGGAGAUAGAGCACACCGAUACCAGCAUAACCAGCACUACCAGUUUCCUAGGCCGAUCCGAUUCUCCUCGCAGUGUCAAGGCGAGAGUUCUCGAAUUGAACGAUUGCGGUAUAAUGCCGCUUCAGCCAGCUCUAAAGAGAGACACCAGCUCGACCAUCCUCGAAUCACUUGUGGACUACUCAGAACAAUCUGGCCCGGGACAAAACCGUGCGUUAUCUACAUCGACGGGGAAUAUGGGCUACCUAGAAACGGAUGAGCCUGAGCAAACAUCGGAAAUGAAAUCGAUUGUUGCGGAAGCAGAACAUUCAUUCAGGACUGGUUGGAGACUGAGUGAGAGCGAGUGGAUCAAGGGGGAGGUUUGAGUGCACAAAUGGCAACGUGGCAGAAUUUGUAACACAGAGUUGUUUGGUUCUGGCCUCGCAGAGGAUUGCUUAAUGAAUGUGUGAUAAUGAUGGACUUACAAAGGAAGUGUCUGUAGACCCGAACAUUUCAGUCAUGUCGAUACGACUGAGUACAAUGUAUACAUUAUGUGCCCACCCAACGGCAGAUGAAAUAGGGAUGUUGAAGGACUGUGAAUAAGAGCGGUGACGUACGUGCCUGCAUGUGUACCGAGUUUGUUGUUCUUGAGGUAAAAUGACUGUCACCGGCAGUGGCAGUGACAGUCAGUAGCAGAUAGGUCCUGCUUGGCAACCUUAUGAUCAGUAUCAGUCACUCAGGCAGCCAGAGUAUUCCAGUAUCCUCAUCAACAUUUC